AUGAGAGCACCUAUCUCCUUGCUCUGUCUCUUCGCUCAGACAAGCUGUCUGCUCUGUCUCUGGCCCUCGUUUGCUCUGAUUCAAGGGGUGGCGGCGUCAAGACAUGACCCCUUAGGUCUGGUGUAUGAGGCGGCGGCGCCACCACCACUAGGAAAACGACAGGAUCUUCAGUCGUUUGCGGGGGCGUUGGGUGGUGCCGCGCCUGCGGUGACGAGCACCGGGGAUUCUGAGAGACCGUACGGUGUUAGUGGGAAUACUUUUACAGAUUUCGAGUCGGCUGCUCAACGGAGCUGCAACGAGCAAUUUGAUUCCUGCCAAAAAAUCGCGAAUACAGACCGAUCGGCGUCAUUCUCGCUGCAGGAUUGUCAGGAUCAGUUAAAAAGCUGCAUGUCUCUAUCAACGGUGCAGGCCACGGCGGCUAGCAUCAACCAUCUAGACUCAGCAAGUGAUACGAAUGCAGGACCGAUAGCUCAGACGAGGAUUCCAUAUGAUGAUGAAUUCGAUCUUGUCUGUGAUUUAUGA